ACCAGCAGACGCCACAACACACCAAGGACACCAGGGGCGAGACGCUGGUGGACGCCUCAGACUUUUCUGUCCUGCUGCACCCUACCGCAAAGUGAGGGAUACAUCUGGAAUCCGGCGUAAAGACAAACCAAGGCGAUUAAGGUUUUCCAAAAGAGAGGUGAGCAAGUUGAGCGAACCAGGCUGCAGGACACAUCGACGCCACGGCGACAGCGUUGGGUGCAGCUCUGCUGUUAGAUGUGGCAGAACUGACUACAAAGCCAUACCGUCUGUUUGUCCGUCGGUCAUGCCUGCCCAUCUUUGAAGGCACCACCCCCACCACACACACACAUCUUCUAGCUGUCAGUUUGAGAAUAAAUGAAUAUGGCAGCUCCUCACUCUAGUGGAAACCAGUGGUACUGCAGCCUGCAGCAGCCAAACGAAGGACAGUCGUCUGAGCUGAAGAGGAAGAUGGAGCUGCAGGGCUGUGACCAUGGAGCCAGACCAAUCAGAGAGGCCUGGGAUGUGGCACUCGCAUGUGAUUGGCUGGAUGCUGAUGAGAAUAAAGAGAUCAGGGUUUACCUGCUGAAAAACAUUUUGCCAACACUGAUUCCCUGCUUGGAGAAGCUCCUCAGAGAGGUGGAGGCGAGGGGGGAAGUAGCGAGAGGGAGCGCGACUGAAGAAAGCGAGGCAGCUCCCCAACUCAGGUUCAACCCUUUGAAUUUCCUGGGACAUAAACCUAAUGAGGACCUCACCUCCUCCACGGAGCUCCUGCCACAUCAUCCAUCUCUGUGGCGCCCCCUAUUGCCACUCGGCUGGACCCUAUUACCACCUUGGUUUGGAGCUCACGGUGCAGGAGCUGCAGAGAUCGAUGGGUGGAGAGCGAGAUGGCAGUUCCAGGGUAUCGGAGCUACAGCAGCAGGUGCAGGAACACAGGCUGGAGGAGCACAGUCUGCACAGAGAAGCACAGGGAAUGCCUGUGCCGACAGCGGGGACACCUGACACAGAGCACCUCAUGUGACAUGGCAGACCCCACGCUGAAGAUGCAACACCCUGGAGAGGUAUUUUAAAGAGGAAUCUCCACACUGUUAACAGAGGUCAAUAAAACAUAGGGUGGCUUGUACAAA